AUGGAUCACAGCGCGCUUAUAGUAGGUUGCAAAACUGUAUUUGAUUUAGUAUUAUCGGAAACUCCGGAAUUUCAUUCGGAUGACGAGGAAGGCGUUGAGGUUUCUCAUAUUCGAUUAUCAGGAUUUAUUUGCAACAUUAUACCACAGUUCACAGAUAUGGAUUUCCAAAGUCACUUUCGUAUGUCGGGCAUCCUUUACAGCUUUGGUUUCAUUUUGCCAAGGUCACAAGCUCCCAGAUUCAGCAAAGUUUCCACACCGCUAUAUAGAACCUCUGCUAAUGGACGAAAUGUUUGGAGAUCCGUCAAUCAGAUUACCAAAAUCAUCGAACUUCAGCUGCAACAUUUCGUUAAAUGGCCAACAGGCGAAGAGGUCCUAUUGAUUGCAGAUGAAUUCCAACAUAUUGCCGGAUUCCCUGGUGUUAUUGAAGCAAUGGACGGUACUCACAUAGAAUUUGUAUCCCCUUCAGAAAAUCAGAAGGAUUUCAAUAACCGAAAGAUGCACCAUUCCCUCAUCUUUUUAGCUGUUUGUCUUCCAAACCGUUCGUUUUCUUUAACUUACGCUGGAUUCCCCGGAAGUGCAAAUGAUGCCGUCUUCACUCAACGUCGACGCAAGUCUUCGUUGCUAUGA